AUUGAGUUUUCCAGCAACAUCGUGCAGAACGAGUACAUAGUGCAGUUCAAUGGCUACUACAAUCAGCGCGAGCGACAGAAACUUAUUCAAACCGCUCUGAACGGUUCCAAGGUGCAAAAAUGGCGCAUCCUGCCACGGAACAAUCCGGCGCAAGAUUUUGCAAGCGACUUCGACGUGCUCGCUCUAGAGGACACGUCGAGGGAGUCCGAGAACGAUGGCCUAGCGUUGCUCCGGGCGCACCCUUCCAUCAAGAGUGUUUCACCACAGCGGAUGGUGCACCGGACGCUGAGCUACGUUCCGAUACGACCCGGGCAACGACCACCUGCGGCAGACGAUGAUGAUGAUGACCCCCCCGAAGAUGAGGAGGAAUUAGGCGCAGACGAAGCUCCUGAGCUCGAUCUGGACGAUGACGAAACGAAUGAGUUUAUUGAGUUUUUCCAACGCCGCCGGCUGGCCACGGAAGAGUUUGGACCGGAGGGGGGCUCGGGAACUAGUUUUGCGCCUCCUCCACCACCGCCACCGGCCAACCGGCACACGAAUCGUCGCCUGCUGCGUGCGAUUCCGCGGCAGAUAACUUCGCUCCUGAAGGCGGACGUUCUCUGGAACAUGGGCAUCACCGGAAAGGGCGUGAAAGUGGCCGUGUUCGAUACCGGCCUUUCGAAGUCCCAUCCACACUUUAAGCGCAUCAAGGAGCGCACCAACUGGACGAACGAGAAAACGCUCGACGACGGCGUCAGCCACGGUACGUUCGUGGCCGGUAUCAUUUCGUCGGCCAAAGAGUGUCUCGGCUUUGCGCCCGACGCCGAGCUGCACAUCUUCCGGGUGUUCACCAACAACCAAGUGUCGUACACGUCCUGGUUCCUGGACGCGUUCAAUUAUGCCAUUUUGCGGAAAAUCAACGUACUGAACCUCAGCAUCGGAGGUCCCGAUUUUCUCGACCAACCGUUCGUCGACAAGGUGCUCGAGCUGUCAGCCAACCGGGUCAUCAUGGUGUCGGCGAUCGGCAACGAUGGUCCGCUGUACGGGACGCUCAACAACCCGGGCGACCAGAUGGACGUGAUCGGGGUGGGCGGAAUGGAUUACGCGGACAACAUUGCCAAGUUUAGCUCCCGCGGGAUGACCACCUGGGAGCUUCCGGAUGGAUACGGGCGACUCAAGCCGGACAUCGUCACUUACGGGAGUCAGGUGAAGGGUAGCAAUCUGAAUGGCGGUUGUAAGUCGCUGUCGGGAACGUCGGUCGCUUCGCCGAUGGUAGCCGGAGCGGUCACGCUGAUAGCGAGCGGAGUGAUCGAUCGAUUGGAGGACCUGAAUCCGGCUUCGAUGAAGCAGGCACUCAUCGAAGGGGCCCAGCGCCUGCAGGACAACAACAUGUUCGAGCAGGGACACGGCAAGCUGAACAUUCUGCGCAGCAUGAAGCUCCUGUCGACGUACAAACCGAAGGUCACGCUGUCCCCGGCCUAUCUCGACUUCACCGAGGACUACCAGUGGCCGUACACGACGCAAAGCCUGUACUACAGUGCGGUCCCGGUGAUUGCCAACGUGACCAUCCUGAACGGGAUGGGUGUGAGCGGUCGGGUGAUCGACCGGCCCACCUGGCACCCGUACAGCAACGAGCACGGCGCACUGCUGAACGUGUCGAUCAGCUACUCCGAGCAACUGUGGCCAUGGUCGGGCUGGAUGGCGCUGCACAUCGGGGUGAACGAAGCCGGGCGCACCUUCGAGGGCAUCGCCCAGGGUCACAUUACGCUCACGGUACAGAGCCCACCGCAGGGGGCUGGCGAAAGUGAGCCACGGAACGGAACGGUUAGCUUCGCGAUCAAGGUGCGCAUCAUUCCACAGCCACCGCGCCGGAAGCGUAUCCUGUGGGAUCAGUACCACAGUUUGCGGUACCCACCGGGCUAUCUGCCGCGGGACAAUCUGAAGAUCAAAUCGGACCCACUCGAUUGGCGGGCCGAUCACGUGCAUACCAACUUCAAGGACAUGUACACGCACCUUCGGAACGCCGGAUACUACGUGGAAGUCCUCGGGGCCCCGUACACGUGUUUUAACGCUUCACUGUACGGCACACUGUUGCUGGUCGAUCCGGAAGAGGAAUACUUUCCGGAGGAGAUCCUGAAACUGCGCCGGGAUGUGCUGGAGCACGAGCUAAGCGUGAUCGUGUUCGCCGAUUGGUACAACACGACCGUGAUGCGAAAGAUCAAGUUCUACGACGAGAACACGCGCCAAUGGUGGAUGCCGGAUACGGGUGGUGCCAAUGUGCCGGCGUUGAACGAACUGCUGGCCGGGUUUGGGAUCGCGCUCGGAGAUCGCGUGGCCGAUGGGUACUUCGAUAUGCGCGAUCACCGGAUGUACUACGCGUCGGGGGCGAACAUUGUGCGCUUUCCGACCGGCAAUGGCACGAUCGUGGUCGAGCGGGACCUACUGGACGAAGGGCUGAGUAUUACGGUGCCGGACGAGGCACGGCCUAAAACGCGCUCGAGAACGGCGAUCCUCGGCAUGCUGCAGACGGAUCGGCGAGCGAGUGGAGGGGCGGGCGCAAGGCUACAGGCGGCCACACCGAAUCCGGGCGAUGCCGGAGAGAUCGUGGACGACGGAGGAGGAGAAGUUGAGGAUGGGGCCACGAUCGAUCGGGAUUCGAUCAUCAACAAGCGAAUUCUGCUCAACCUGCGAUCGCUGCCGGAUGAGGAGGAUGAUGUGCCGAACGAAGGCGGAGAGUUCCGGGAAGACGGGGGACCACCGCCGGCGCCGCCUCCGGUGUCCAUCGAUGCGGUGGAAGUGCAGGAACUCGGUGGGGAACCGCUGGAGGAAGAACUCGGCCCACUGCUGAGGGAACGCACGAAGCAAAACAACUUGACUUCCGACACGCGAUCAAAAAAGCCAGGGAACGGUGUCGCGGAUGCGGUAGUCGGUGGACGGAUUGCGGUCUACGGGGACUCGAACUGCCUCGAUUCGACGCACCUGGAGAAACCGUGCUUCUGGUUGCUGGAUUCGCUGCUCGAAUAUACGAUGACCGGCCACGUGACGAGUUUGCUGCGAGAGCUCAACAGCACUCGGCGAGCGGAACAGCUGGAGGAUAAUCCGAAGCUUCCGCAAAGGAUGCCCAACAACAACCUGCACCUCUACUCGAAGGUCCUUCUGGCCCAUGCGGGACCGUACGAGAAGCGACCGUUGGCCCGGUGCGAGCGGCUGGUCUGGGAGCAACCGAUCACCCUCAACAUGUCGACGCUCAGCGGAUACGGUCCGAACGAGCGGCUCCUGUUGCUCGAACAGGAACAGCAGCACCAACAGCAGCAACUGCUCGUCCAGCAACGGCAGCUGCAGCAAUCAAACAAAGCCCCGGCGGUCAUGCCCGUAUUUGGCAACGAGCUGGACGACACCAUGAAUCUUUUCCGUAAGUUGGAAAGUCAAAAAGCGGCGUCCCCGGUGCUGAGUGCCAACGAUGAGCCGGAUGUGCCCGGCUGGCGGAACAAGAAGACGGACAAAAUUCCUCCCAACGCGCCGCCCUCGAUCGGUGGAGGGCUACCGGUGGCGGCCCCGACGGCCAUUAGCCCCACGCCCAUGCUGGGUGGGAUCAAGAUGGACGAGCGGAUGGUGGUGGCCGAGCAAAUGCCCGGACGAACGGCGGGAGUCGGUGCUAUAGCGCCGCCGGCCACGUUGCCGGCGGAUGGUGCUUCGACGACAGUGUUCUACUGGCUCACGUCGAAGGGAUUCCUGGUGCUGGUCGGGAUCGUGCUGUUCGCGCUGCUGAACUGGCUCCGCCGGACGAAGGGCCUCACGAUCAAGCGGCGGCUGAAUUACGUUUUCAAAAAGAUUGGCUUCUAAGCAGACCAAAUACCAAAUCAUUGUGCGAGGAUUCGCGGGGGUCGAGUUCUCGAUUUGUUUUACAAUCUGUUAACUUAUGUGCGAAAGGGGUAGUGGCCACGAAAAAGCUCCGCUGAACCGCGACGGAGAUGCGUUCCCUAGUGAUGAUACAGCGUUUGCUUUUAGAUUAGAUAGUAGAAGAAUUUGAAGGAAUCCACUAGACAGUUGUUAGUUUUAUGCAAUUAGCGGUAGGAAGUGGCGCUAUUGAUAAUCACACAUUGGAGGGACGAGAAACGAGAAGAGUGAAGAGUUUAGGGGGACACUGACUCGACGGGGCUCACGGUGAUUCAAAGAUUACAUACAUUAUGUACAAAGAUCUCCACCAGGUCCACACCAGGACGACACACGACGAAACCAAGCGGACGAAAUAAAAAUAUU